AUGGCCCCUCAUCCAUUGGAUAUUUUGACGCUCGACGAGACUAAUCGUGCUCGAGAUAUUGUCGCCAGCCUUCAUCAAGACUCUGUUCUCAGCUUCAGAGAAAUAUAUCUAGAAGAGCCUCCAAAAUCUCAACUGGUUGAGUUCCUGGUGGCCGAACAUGCAGGAAAAUCAAGCACUCCACCAGCUCGCACAGCGCUUGUACAAUAUGAUGUGAUUGGCUCAGAUCGAAUCCCCCGUUAUAACGAAGCAAUCAUCGACUUGGAUCAAGGUAAAAGAAUCAAGCAUGUUGUCGUUGAUAGCAAAACGCACCAUGCAGGACUGACGCUCAAUGAGUUUGACGUUCUCGUCGAAGCUUGCAAAACCUCUCAACUAUUCAAAGAUGUUGUCGCAGAGUUCCAAUUACCUGAAGGAUUCGAGGUUAUUGUUGAACCUUGGCCGUAUGGUGGGCCCAAACCAGAAGAAGAAAACCCACGCUAUUUCCAGGGACUUUGUUUCGGUAGAGACACACGAUCUGGAAAUCCUGACUCGAAUUUUUAUGCUUAUCCUCUUCCGUUCAUUCCCAUCCUGGACGUGACAAAGGGAGAGAUAGUCCGGGUUGAUCGCCUGGCCACUGGUGGCAAGGGUGAUGCCAUAGAUGCAACAACCGUUUCAAAGGAUGUCAUCGGGCAUUGUAAAACUUCAGAAUACGUUCCAGAGUUGUUAAAGAACGGAACGAGGAAGACUCUGAAACCACUUAAUGUGCUGCAACCAGAAGGCGCCUCAUUUUCUGUUGACGGCGGACUUAUUGAAUGGCAAAACUGGAGAUUCAGGGUUGGAUUUAACCCUCGAGAAGGAGCCACUGUCCAUGAUGUCCACUAUGAUGGAAGAAGUGUGCUUUACAGACUCAGCAUCAGUGAAAUGACUGUUCCCUACGCAGAUCCUCGAGGCCCCUUUCCCAGGAAGCAGGCCUUCGAUUUUGGUGAUGGCGGUGCAGGUAACUGUGCAAAUUCGCUUCAUCUUGGCUGCGACUGCCUUGGGGUGAUUAAUUAUUUUGACGCUGUACGAACUGGCCCCGAUGGCACCGCCUUAACGGCCAAAAAUGUAGUAUGUCUUCAUGAACAGGACAACGGUAUCGCAUGGAAGCACACCAACUGGAGAACCGGUAAAGCGGUCGUUACGAGAAACCGAGAACUUGUUGUUCAAUUUAUCAUCACCCUCGCCAAUUACGAGUACAUCUUCGCCUACAAGUUUGACCAGUCGGGUGGGAUCACGAUCGAAACUCGUGCCACAGGUAUUGUGUCUGUUGUCAAUAUUGAUGCCGGUAAGACCAGUGCAUACGGAAAUGUUGUAUCGCCAGGAGCCUUGGCCCAAAAUCAUCAGCAUAUCUUUUGUGUUCGAAUCGAUCCAGCCAUCGAUGGUUACAAGAACACCGUUCUGGCAGAGGAGUCCCAUCGGGCGCCUGUCAGCAAGGACGCGAACCCCUAUGGCAACUACUAUGAAGUGAGGCAGAACGUUAUUGAGACAAGUCAAUACCUCGACGCUGCUCCACAACACAACCGUGUUAUCAAGAUGGUCAACAAGAACAAGCUGAAUCCGAUCAGCGGCAAGCCCGUUGGUUACAAAUUCACCCCACCUGCAACUCAACUUCUUCUGGCGGAUCCAACAUCGAUCCAGUCCAGGAGGGCUCUGUUCGCACACCAUCACGUCUGGGUUACGAAGCACCUUGAUGGUGAACAUUAUGCCGGAGGCCGAUAUACCCUCCAGAGUCGAGACGAAGUCGGCGGCGUUGCUGAUGCUGUCAAGCGUAACGACAAGGUGGAUGACGAGGAUGUUGUCGUCUGGAACGUUUUUGGUCUGACCCAUAAUCCCCGAGUGGAGGAUUGGCCUGUCAUGCCCGUCGAAAUCCAUCAGAUCAAUCUCCGACCAGCGGAUUUCUUUUCAGAGAAUCCAAGUAUCGAUGUGCCAUCGUCCAAGAAUCAGGCAUCAGUACUGACUACCGGACGAACCAAUGGUGCAACCAAUGGUGCCACAAAUGGCACAAAUGGAGAAUGUUGUCACUGA